CCCUUGUUGUCUCUCGCUGGCCAAACAAGUCAUUACCAUCCACAAUAUUAUACUAGCCAAGUCAUCCUAGACGGAUCAAAGACGGCCUCCGCUAGCUUUUGGAACCGUUUCGGAGCUCACGCCAGCUCCACAGUCCCGCAUGACGUUGAGGGCACGAGCGCAACGUUUGGUCUUAGAAACGCGUCCAGCUCGAUGCAAGCAUACGACCUCCUUGGAGCUUGCCUAACUUUUCAACAUCAGUAGCAAUCAUCAUGUCUGAUAGACCCAAGAAUCUGCACCCAUCACGGUCCUUUACGCGACUCGACUCUGCGCCUCAGAGUCCAACCUCUCGCAGUCGGGCGAGUACGCUUCAAGGCCCACCUGUGCCGGAUAUGUUAGACCCCCUGAAGGCAAAUAUGGUCCCAGAAGAGGACGAGAAUGUCGACGGGGAUGUCUUUGCGAAGAAAGACGAGGAUGAAGAGGGAACCAAAGAGGAACCGCGGGUGCCGGAUACUUUCGAAGAACUGCCUAUUGAGAUUCGAAGUUUGACUGAAAGAUUCCUCGAAUCCCUCACAGCCAAAGUUCAUCCAACCCCACCGUCCGCCGACUCCCUCGCCGACCUCUUCCAAGACUUCUACAUUCGUGCUUCCGCCAAGAUCAACACACACAUAGCUACCCUGUCCGCUCGAUUAACAAGCGAGUCAUUUAUUGCGCACUCUAAGAAGACGUCUGCUCCGUCAAGUAAACCAAGCUCUAUACGAAAGGGAGGUGACCCAUCAGGAGAACAACAGAUGCUGAGUGCAACUGAGAUGUCAGAGCGCAAAAGGGCGAGAAAAUCAUUGGAAUCAAAGCGCUUUGCACUUGAGGAGGCCGUGGAGCGAGCAGUGUGUGAAAAGGUGUACGAGAGAAUAUGGCGGCACCGGAGCACUGAUGACGAAGAAAGGGACCAUAAGCUCCGAUCGCGAACGGCCGCACUUUCGCUUGUUGGCAUAGGGCUGCAGGAGCUUUUGAUGGCUGGCGAUGAGUUGACGGACGAGGCACGACAGAAGGCGAAAGAGAAAGAGCCGGAGAUCAAAGAGUGGCUGUCGGCUGCCCGGCAAGAUAUCCUCAGCAUGAACGACGAAAAGUAUCCGUUUGGAAAGGUUCAGCACUUGACUGCUGCACACAAGUCCAUCGUUGAAGCGCUAUCGAAGAUCUUCCCCGCGACCUCAUCCGCGGACGAGAUCCUUCCAACCCUCAUCUACGCGCUCAUCACUCUACCGCCUGUGCACCUAAACGUCAUCAGUGAUCUGAAAUUUAUACAGAGGUUUCGAGGCUCGAGUCGAAUGGAUGGCGAAACUGCCUACUGCCUCGUCAAUCUAGAAGCAGCUGUUUCUUUUCUGGAGACAGUCGAUCUUUCCUCGCUACGUGCAGAGGAGUCCUUUUCUAGAAAGCUGGAUUCGCGACCAUUGACCCCCAAGUCAGAGGUCACACCCAUGGCUUUGGGUCUCUCUGAAGCACCAGAUUUGAUUCAAACUCCGGCCACACCAACCUCGACGACCACCUCGAAAGAGCCAUCAAGUCCAACUACUACAAAAGCUCAGCGCCGGUUGAGCAACCUUAUCCAAACGCAGACGAACAAAUUCGAAGCUGCUUCAGACGCUGUUCGCGACUCCAUCCUCGAUUCAGCCGACCAGGCAAUGGGCAGAAUUAACAACACGCUAGACACCAGUUUCAAGUUCUUCUUCGGUGGCUUACGGGAUCAAAACCCUAAUAGUCCUGUGCAGCAACAACCUGCGCUACCGAAAACGCUGGAAGAUGCGAGGAAACUCGUCAGCUCGCCUACCCGCAUUGAUGGUGAUGAUGAUAGCUUCACCGUAAGCGCUGCGAGCUCGAUACAAGGAGACGACCAUCAAGAACCCACUGGUAACAAAGGAUUUGAGGCAAAGAUGACAGAUAUAUUUGCCGGGAGAAGACCAAUUCGAGAGCGUAGUGUCGACUCCGCUCAAUCUGGAGGUAGCAAUAGUGGACGACGCGCUGCAUUUACAGCAGCACCGAGCGUAGAAGAGAAAUCGACUUCGCCAUCAGCAGUCAAGUCCGAACCGCCAGCACAAAAUAACCCCUCAGCAGUCGACUCGCUCCGCAAUAUGGGCAACAGUCUCAAUCCCCUGAACCGCUUCGCAAGCAUCAACGUUCUACCACGUUUUGGCCGUGCAAUAAGUAGUAGCAGCACGCCGGUUCUCCCGUCGCCUUCUACUGAGCAGCCCAAAGCAUCACAGUCUCCGGGUCCCUUGAGUCGGACGGUGACCGGUGAAGGGCUGCAGGUAGAUGAAAAGGGAGCAAGGGCAGUGGCUGCGUUAGAGCAAUUGAAGAAGACAACUCCGCCUGUGAAGCGUUUUGUCGAAGCGAAGGAUGUGCAGGAUCUCAAGUUGAAGGAGGUUGAUGAGCUGUUAAAGGAGUAUCAGAGGUUGGCUGCAGCGCUGAGGGGGGCCAUCAACUAUUGAGGUGGAAUGCUGAACUUCACAUAGAUGUAUGUAUAUCAAUAUCGUUAAAAAGUUACCACAUUCC